UGUAGGAUAAGUUAAGUUGUAGAUGGGGCUAAAUGCACUAUACAGCGGAUUGUAGGAUAAGUUGAGUUGUAGAUGGGGCUAAAUGCACUAUAUAUUUGUAAUAGGGUUAUUGAUACAGCUUAUGCGGAAUUGUAUUCAUCUCGGAUGUUACCUUUCCGAAUAGAAAAGUCAAUACCACAAUGGUGGUAAUUUCCAUUUGAUUUAUUGAACGGUAAACCGCACGGUUAUAUGGGGUCAUUUCCUGUGAAUGAACGUCGAACACAAAUAAAAGCUCGCAGACUUUAUCGAUAUAAAUAACAGUUUGUCCCCAGCCGUCGCAGCUCUCACUUUGCACCCCUUUUUAACUUCCUCGGAUUUCUUUUCAUUGAUCCGUUUCGUCAAAUGCAUUGGACAUUCUGGAAUAUUCGCGUGUCGGUUCAAUAGCGAAUAGCACAGAUAGACGAUGCAGCGAAGGUAAUGACCCACAAUAGUUUGUGCUAGCACCUAGAAGAAUAACGAUAGUCUAAAACGACCGACAGACAGGCAGACUGAUAGCAUCACACUCACAUGCUGCAUAGAUCCUCUGUUCGAACAUCCCGCAGUUGUAAAAUAUCCAGUGAAACGGGAAAGAAAACACUUUCGUUGUCUAGGCUUGUCGCAGCGGUUUCUACUGCAAUUGUCGUUUGCAGCCUAUGCAGUUUGACUUCUGACUAAUCGUCCCAGUACAAAGAGUCUGGUCAGAUCGGCUGAGAACGCGUUAGCAUAUAUUCAGCUGAUCUGAUGAUAGAAACUGCGGCACGGGAAAAUUUGGAGUUCAUCUUCUACUCAGAGGCUGGCGAAUGGCAUACAUCUAGCACCAUCUAUCCGCCUUCCAAGUCAUGUGGGUACAGGCAUUCGUCGCGAUGUCCCUCAGUGCGGAUCUGCCUUUGUGUUACGGCCUGCUUCAUUUGCCUCAUACUUGCGGCGACGUUGGUGGCACUUUAUAUUCUGGAUGCUUUUACACACUACCGAGUGAAGUAUUCUAUUAUGUUUGAUGCUGGUUCGACCGGAAGUCGUAUGCAUAUCUUCCAAUUCCAGAUAUGUUCCAAUAACGAAAUCCGGUUGGCGGGUGAAACCUACUACACAGUUUCUCCCGGUCUCAGCGACUACGCAAACAACCCCCAUGAAGCGGGCAUGUCACUCAAGCCGAUGUUGGACAAAGCGAAGAUUGCGGUGCCGGCAUCAGAACAACGUUCGACUCCUCUGGUCCUAAAGGCUACAGCAGGUUUACGAUUAUUACCGAAUAAUGCGCAGAAUCAAAUUUUACACGAAAUACAAAAUACGUUUAGCCAAUAUCCGUUUAAGUCAAAUAAUAGUUCCGUGAGCAUUAUGGAGGGAAAAGACGAAGGUUUCUAUGCGUGGCUAAUGGUGGUGUUUACUCUCGGUCGAAAACUGAGAAAAAACUCAAUCGCUACGUUAGAUUUAGGUGGUGGUUCAACGCAAAUAACCUUCCAGCCUAAUGACAAAACAACGCUAGCCAAAAGUGAGCAUCUUAGUUACUUCAAGAUACCAGGAGGUAGCGAAGAGCUGAUGUACGUCUAUUCGUACCUAGGUGGAGGACUCAUGUACGGCCGAGCGGAGAUACUCAAACAAAAUAUAACCAGGAAAAAUGGGACACAUUUUUAUGUAACUAGUCCUUGUAUACACCCGGAGGUUGCGAAACUACCUGGUGGACUGUAUUGGAAAUACUUCGAAGCCAGUUUUGCCAUAGGGCCAGAUGAUACAGAUCGUUGCGGUUUCGAGGCAUGCUACCUUCUGGCAAAGAAGUACGUCGACAGACUAAACAUGUUCGCCCCGCAAGAAUUGCCUUCACGGGAACUAUACCUCAUGUCAUACUAUUUUUACAGAGCAGCGAACGCUGAUCUCAUCCAAAAAGGCGUAGAGACUCAAAAGGACCUUGCUGUGAGCGAUUACAGGGAACGGGCUAUUUCUGAAUGCGCCUCCAGUUCAACGCGUCCCAAGGAGGACACAUUUCUCUGCAUCGACUUAACGUACAUCUAUGCAUUGCUUCACGAAGGUCUCAAAUUGCCCGAUAACACCAAGAUCACGGUGGCACAGAAGCUUCGUGGAUCCGAGGUGAGCUGGGCGUUUGGCGCAGCUUUAAGCGAACUCGAAUUGUGAUAAUUGAGGCACCUUUGAAGGUCACAUCUUCUGCAGCGGAUUAGCGGUGCUCAGUACAAGGGAAGACUUUAAAAUAAUGUUUGAAAAAACGCUAAGACAUUUUUGAUACCAACGAGUAUUUAUUGUAGUAACAAACACCAUUUUAGCAAAUUAGCUUAAAAUUGUAACAGAAUAAGAUAAAAACGUAUGAAACACCAUUCAUAGAAUAGCGUUACGGAACAAUUUUAGAGGUGAAGUAAAUAGCUAAAAAAAAGUCUAAAAUUGAUUCUAGACAUGAUCAGUUACGACUCAGAACAAUAAUACGAAAUAAUCAAUUAUUAAUGUGAAACUUUUCUUUUGGUAAAUAAAACAAUAAGAGCUAUUUGUGUUUCCUUAGGUGACAUAAAGAAUUCGUUCCCAACUGUUGUUUGAUAUUGUAGAAUCAUUAAAACGUAAUUGUGACCCGCCAGUUUUACCGAAGCUGGAUAGACAAGCUUGCAUAUAUAUAUAUAUAUAUAUAUAUACACACACAGUGGAACACAGAGAACAGUAUUUAUAUAGUUUCUAGGGAUGGCACCAAUAAGCUAUUGUAUAACCGGUCAUCCGAAAAGCUGUUAGACACUGUGCAAAUUAGGAAGUUGUACGUGGAGAUUCACAUAAUUGUAUGAGUGCAAAAAAAGGUUAUGUAUGUAUACAUAAGGUGACUACUUUAAAACUGCACUGCCGACAAACUUUGAGAUUAAAUAAAGCUAAAACAUGCCCUCCAUGUUGUGAUUAAGAGUACCAGCUCGUACUAAAAUCUACAAUACAACAGGUAUUAUUAUUAUUUUAUAGUGGUUUUUUUGUUUAUAGCUUCGCUUGACGCAGUUUCCAUGUUACUGUGUUCUUGGCAAACGUACAUAGAUAUUAUUUUCACUUUGAAUCGGACGCUUUUUAAAUCAAAAUUGACACUUGCUUUUUUCGUAGAUUGAUAUGUAUGUAGGAGCGUACCUGAGCAAACUCGCCGUAAAUAUUGUCUACGCGUUAAAAAUUGUCACUUAUAAAUGUGAGAUGUAUUCAGAUCGAAGCUAUGCGCAGGGCUAUCGGAACGCGAGUUAAUUACUUACAAAAUGUAAUAACUGUUAAAUGUAAAAAAAGGUAAAUACACUGUUCUAAAACAAUGUAAUUAUAAAUAUCUCAACUUAUCGUGAGCAUUUGUAUCGCAGUUUCGAGCUUGAGCGCUAGCGUCGAUUCCUUUUUUAGUUGAUUAACCAAGAUUUUGUAGCAUAUACAUAUAUGCUAAAUAUACUAUGAAACUGCAUAUUAAGGGUCGUCGGUGGUUUGUUCAAGCAUUACAUAACACUACAACGUUUUGAAAUCCCUGAGGAGCUCUGAGAGAUUUAUCAUUUAACGCUGUUGGUUGCAACUGCGUAUGAGUUAUCACCAUUCCAUACAUCUACUAGAAAUAGACCGUAGCAGAGACGUCACGGUUUACAUGGUUCGAAUCCACAUUUACCGCAAUGUCUCAAUACGCAUGAAAGACUGAUUGUAGCGCCAACACAUGAACGCUGUAAUGUCGUGCAACGCAUCGCUGAUACGGGGAAAGUCGUUAUGCAUUGCUCCAAACGAUUUGCUUGUGCUAGCACGAAACGACGCGUACCUACGCCCAGUUUUUCGCCUAGAUCAUUGUGUGGCCUUAAGUUUAGUAGGCAAACGGCUCCCAGCCGUUUUCCUUUGCUGAAUCUCCAAAUAGGAAGUCUUAAUUUUGUUGACAAAGUAAGAUUUCCUGAAGUAUGAUGAUCCCAGAUUAUAUUUUCGGGUCGAAGAGAUAAGGCGGCGUCGUCGCAGCGAAGAGGCAGUUCAGGGCUUUUCCAAUGUCCCCGUAAUAAUAAAUGGUCAGUAGCCCAAGGUAUGCGAAUGGUCGUGCGAGGAACAAUGCACCAAUGCCUUAAAUAUAUAUAGCCUGAAGUAACGAUAUUUCUGGGAUAAUACAAAGUCAUUUAAAUCAUGUCAACAAACAUUCCACAAUAGACUUUCGCAUCGGUUCGUUCUCGGAUCGGCUCAGUUCCUUAGUCUAAGCGAUUUGUUGCCCUUUCGUACCAUUAGUUACACGCAUUAGACACGACGCACUGCUUUUGGCACAGAUGCAAUUUAUUUGGAAAACACCAUUCUUAUAUAUCGAUACUGACGGAAAUACCUAGGUUACAAAAUAGUAUACAUAUAUAUAUAUAUAUAUAUAUAAGCAUUCAUAACCCAAAUGAGUUGAAACAAUUAUUUUUUAAGACAACAUACCGGUGUUGUCUCUUGUUACUUGCGUGUCGUGGCCAACACUAUUUAAAAAAAACUUUUCAAUCAUUUUAUUCUUAGCACAGAGCUAAUUUGGUUACUCACUGCUCCUUUGAACGAAUUGGUAUUUGAAUAUCGUUGGUCACCGACUGGCUUCUGUAAUGUUAGGUUACAAUUGGCUUAGCAACGGAACACAAAGUUCUAAAUUGUUGUUUGAUAUCGAGACUCUCUACUUUGUAAUUUUCUGUGAACUUUGUGCCGUCACUGCCACACGUCUGAGUCUUAUCAAAAGA